AUGACCGGGUCUGACGAGGAGGCAAUUGCAGCUUCCACCCAUCUCCCAACAUACCUUGCGCGGCAUCAAACGACCCCUCCAGCCCGCGCCCCCCAUCGGUAUCUCUCGACAACGAGAAGCAUGAGCUCCGCCUCGGCUGCAAAGCUCUCCUUCCACGUCGCAGCCUCCUUCACGGCCAAAGACCGCCCGUAUGAUCCGUCAACACACAUUUUCCACUUCAACCCCUACAACCGCAUCCACCAGAAUCGUAACAAGCGGUCCCGACCAGAUAGCGGCCACGAUGCCUUCUUUGUUAGUAGGGUGGGCGACUCGGGCGCAGUUGCCCUCGGUGUUGCCGAUGGCGUAGGUGGCUGGGUUGAUUCCGGGGUUGACCCCGCAGACUUUUCGCACGGCUUCUGCGACUACAUGGCUUCCACCGCCUACGGACACGGCGCGAUCAAGAACGACCCGACAACACAAAGCACGGGUGAUAAAGAGUCGCUGCGAGCGCAAAGCUUGAUGCAGGAGGGGUACCAGGCGAUAUGCGAAGACAGCACCGUCGUCGCUGGAGGUAGCACGGCCUGCGUUGCCGUUGCUUCGCCGGACGGCAACCUCGACGUAGCCAACCUUGGCGACUCGGGUUUCAUUCAGCUUCGGUUGAACGCCGUACACACCUACUCCGAACCCCAAACACACGCUUUCAAUACCCCCUACCAGCUCUCCAUCGUACCUCCAAGCGUCGCUGCUCGUAUGGCAGCGUUCGGCGGCGCCAACCUCUGCGACUGCCCCCGCGACGCCGAUGUCACCCAGCACGGCCUCCGCCACGGCGACAUUGUCGUUUUCGCCACAGACGGCGUUUGGGACAAUCUCUUCAACCAGGACAUACUGCGCAUUGUGAGCCAUGUCAUGACCUCUACGGGUGCGUGGCUCAUGACCAAGAACGGCGUUCGCGUCGUCGACAAUCUUAAGCCCUUUACAAAACCCUCCGAGGACGCCACUGAGAGACCGCCCUCCAAGUUUUUAACUCUGCAGAGCGUGCUCGCGGCCGAGAUCACAGCCGCCGCCAAGUCGGCCAGCCUCAACCGCAAGGUCGACGGCCCCUUCGCCAAAGGCGUGCAGAAAUACUUCCCACAAGAAAACUGGCAUGGCGGCAAAAUCGACGACAUUUGUACCCUCGUCCUUAUCGCGUCCGAGGACAAUAAGGCCGAACCCAAGAGCCGCCUAUGA